AUGGGUUUAAAUUUGCAAAAUCACCUUGUUAGUCCUCUGGUUUGGAUGCCAGAUAAUCGAACCGAAGAAUGUCUGUUACGUUCAAUUAUGCCGAAGACAUUUUCCGGUGCAGUGACACCGUUAUUGGCCUGGUCACUGAUUGUUUUUUUUGGCACAACAUUCAAGAACGGUAUUCUGGAUGUAUUGUCAAUUAAAAAAUCGGUACAAGAGUUAACUGCAUCUCGGAAUUCACCGUUGGUUAUUCUUGACAUAUUCCGUGUUUGUGCCAUUAUUUGGGUGAUGGUUAACCAUACGGGUAGUGAAGGACGAAUUGAUGUUCUUGAUAGACUACCAUCAGCAAAAGCUUUUAAGGCUUCAAUCCAUGAUCAUCCAAUUUUUGGAGCCUUACUUGGGAAUUCUGCACUUGGAGUUGAAAUUUUCUUAGUUCUUUCUGGCCUUCUUGCCUCAUUAUCAUGGCUUCGAAAAGUUGAUCUUCCAUUCUGGAAACACUAUACCGAAUACCUGGUUCAUCGAUGGCUUCGACUUUUUCCAUCAGUCGCUGUCUUUAUUUAUAUUGCUUCUGGUCCAAUAAUGAAAGCCGCUCUUCCGAGGUACCAUGCAACAAUGAUUUCUGCUUGUGGUGCCUCUGGAAUAACUUCACAUCUAACGUUCCUUGGGAAUUGGCAACUUACACCAACCUGCAUGGGAUACCUAUGGUAUUUAGGUCUGGACAUGCAGCUGCAAUUAAUGGCGCCUUUCUUACUACAGGAACUUCAUGUUUCGCCAAAGAAAGGAAUCUCAAUCGCCAUAGGAGCAAUUGGCAUUUCUGCUGCCUUAAGAGCACUUUACUGCUUGAUAUAUGGUGUUUGCAACAAAAGUGAUGUUGAUAUACCUUUCAUCUCGUAUCCAAAUGAGCAACCGGAAACGUUGGCAAAAAUUUAUGGUGGUCUAUGGGAAAUGUACGCUCGCCCCUACACUAAAUGGGGACCGUUUAUCAUCGGUCUUUUGCUUGGCUGCGCUAUUGCCAAGAUAAACACAAGAAUCUCAGUAGCAAAAUCACGUGCACUAUUCCUCUCAUUUUCACUGUUAGCGGUGUUAACUGUCUAUGGUAUUUUGCCGGAAUACUGGUCUCCAGGUCAAGGAAAUACCUUAUACAAUACCCUGUAUACUGCACUAUUUCGUACAGUUUUUGCAGCCGCAAUUGCGACGAUGAUUGCCGCUAUUGUAUUUCGGAAAAACAAGAUAAAAGUUCAUCCAAUGUGGUCAGUGCUUGCCCGAUUAACUUUUGCAGCUUACCUGAUACAUAUGCCAGUUGUUUACGUUUUCAAUCACGUUCAGUUUCUUCAAGAAGCGACAAAUCCAUAUCAUUUGAUUGCAGUGGUACCAUUUGUUGCCUAUCUAAGUUUCGUAGCUGCUUUUGUUUUUUAUAUAUUUGUUGAAUCACCUAUUGGACGGUUGUCAAAUGUCGUGUUAAAAACAAUUUUCUAA